AUGCUGACGUUCGACGCUGAUGAUACAAUAAAUGGUGUGUUACAUCACGAGAAGCGAACUAAAAAUGAACAGCAUGACAUUGAGUCAUCAGUAACAACGGCACAAGUAUCUCAAUCACUAUCCGAGCCCAGUAUCACUCCUAAAAACAUUCCGAAUCCUGAUAACGAAAGCAUUGAGUCGUCUCUAUCAACCAUCCAAAAUGACGACCUACAGUCAGUAACAACCUAUGAAUUUGAUACUGUUGGUUUUGUUGUUGGCGAUGAGAGUGAUAGUGCCACGAACAGUGACGAUGAUUUAUCAAGUGUUAAUUUUGACGAAAUUGGCAAAUUAUUGAAUAAUGGUAACAGUAGAUUGGUUCCUUGCAUAUCCUAUCCAUCAUUAGAAAUGGAUAUAGGAAGUCAAGAUGUUACACAUGGAUUAUAUUCGAAUUGGUGCUUACAAGCAUUGAUAGAACGAGCUAAAACAGAAGUCGAUCUUCGAAAACAACUUACAGCAUCUGAAGUAUUACUCUUUAAGUGUACUAGUGAACAAAGUUGUUAUUGA